AUGGGGCGGCAGCCAAGACAGCGGCCCAUUUCCUGCAAGCUGUGCAGGCAGCGCAAGCUGCGGUGUAGCCGCGUCUUCCCUUGUUCUAAUUGUACAUGUCGUGGGCUCAUCUGCGAACAUGAUGGGCCUGUAACGGCUCAUUCAUCCGCGGCAAGACCAGAUCUCGCGGCUAACUCUAGUGCAAAUUCUGCCAUUACUGUACCCGAUCAGGAUGAUGCGGACUUGCGAAUGAUCGGAGGCGAACAGUCGGUUGCGCCAAAAGAUGUCCCGAAUGCCGAGUUGCUGGUACGCCUUGAGAAGCUCGAGGCGCUCAUUGCUGCCCAAAACAGAGAAGGCAUGUUGAGUAAACCAGAGCCCACGGCUUGUAUGGAAGCGCCGUCGCCGAACCAACCCUCCGCUGUGGCGUCACCAAUGUCACCACAACUUCAAAAGUUGACCGAUGAUGCACUGUGGCUUGAGAGGUCAUUUACAGGCCAACCAAUGCUGGAACCUGUUUGUGAUCCAAUAUCCUUCCGCACUUGCCCUGUGCGCCGUAUCGUCAAGCAGGGUAGCUUCGUACUGCAAAAUGAUCCUUCUGCACCUUCUUUUGGCUCUGGUGAGGUAACGAGAUGUAUAUGGUUGCCUCGCCGCGAUGAAGCCCGCAUCAUUGUGCACAAGUACCUAUCUGAUGUUAACCACUUCCAUCAUGUUGUACAUGUACCAACGUUGAUGGCCACCAUCGAGCAGAUCUACGAUUGCAUUGACAGCAAUGCAACAUUAGAUAUUGGUCUCAUGACACUACUUCUCAGCAUGUGCGCUGCCUCGACUUAUACGUGGUCGCCCCAAGACGAUGCACGACUUCUCUAUGGGACUGUGGCAGAGGCCAGAGGCCAGUCUUUGUGGUGGGUGAAAGCUGCGCUCGAUGUUAUGGACCAUGCGCAGCGCAUUGGACAUGCGUCUCUGGAGUGCAUUUAUGGCAUGAUCAUUCUUUUUUAUGUUUUUUGCAAUAUUGAAGGCCUUUCGCCCCGCGCAAGAAGCCUCAACGCCCGCUCCAUCAGCAUGGCCAGAGAACUGUCGCUACACCGGGUAGAUGCCCCGGGCAACCAUGAAAUCCCCAACAUGGGCAGCCUCCGAAUGGAGAUGUACAGAAGAACGUGGUGGUUUCUCGUCGCCACAGACUGGUGUUUUGCCUUUCCUCAAGAAGGGUCAUUUACUAUUCAUCCACUCCACAUGAUGGUGCGAAAGCCAUCCAAUGUGAAUGAUGCCGAUAUUGUCGACAGCCAGCCUGUCAUCGGACGCCCAUUGACAGAACCAACCGAUGCAUCUGCUUUGAUCUACCGUAUUCGUCUGGCGGAACUUUGCCAGAAUAUGAUUGAUAAAGACCGCGCAUAUGCUUUCCAGGCACAACCAGCUGAUCAUAAAUUUGUCAUGGAGAUGGACGCCAAAUUCAGAGUGUAUUUGCGAGAGUUGCCGGAUUUCUUCUCCAUGGACAGCACAAACAUGCACUCUCUCUCGCCAUCGGAUCCACGCCGUGAUCCAAAAAUCACGAUUCAGCGCUACACGCUGAAUCUACUAAUAUAUCGGCACCUCUGCAAACUUCAUUUGCCAUUCCUUGCAAGGGGCUCUGUGGAGCAAGCAUACGCAUACUCGUACGAGGCUUGCAUGGCAGCUGCCAGAAUGAUUAUUCAGACCGAGAAGCACUUGAAACUCGAGGACCUACCGUUUUCCAGCACAAGGUUGCGCUCUGUUAUCAUUCUUCGGAGCGUGUUCCUCGCCAGUAUAGCGCUUGUUCUCAAUGCCUGUAUUGGUAGACAGACAGAAGAUACACCUGCGAACGACUCACAUCUUGUCGAGGCUUGGCGUAUCAUGGACGAUGCUAAAGAUCAAUCACCCAUAGGAUCCAAGCUUCUUGAUUUGUCCAUUCAGGUCUUGAAGCGACACACCCCAAAUCACCCAGCUCUCAAAAUGUUCACAGCGCUACCCGUAAUGAUGCCAAUGACACCCGACUCGGCAGGACGGGAGGAACAGCGCCGGAAUAUGCCAUUUCAAGGUUUUGUUCCCGAGCCAGAGGCAUCAUAUAUGGAUCAGCAAUGGCAGGCGCUGGAGGGUCGGAUGGACCUCAACACCAUUGAUUUUGAUAAGCUGUUCUAUGGGCUGGAGGCACCCUUCAUUUGA